CAUAAACAAGAGAUUAAUUUAAUAGCCGCCCCUGGCACGUGGUCCUACUACUUUCGAUUUUUCAAGAUGGAAAGAGUAUUGAUGAAGCAAGGAGCUGAAGGAAAAUUGUAUUCGUCGGAGUUUUAUGGGAAACCGUGCAUUGUAAAGGAACGAUUCACAAAGUCAUAUAGACAUCCUGCAUUAGAUAAAUCUCUUACAACACAAAGAAUAAAAGCUGAAGCAAGAGCUUUACUGAGAUGUCGGAUGAGUGGUAUUGAAUGUCCUGCAUUGUACAUGGUAGAUAUUGAGAGUAGAUGUAUUAUCAUGGAAAGAAUACUCGAUUCAGUGACAGUUAGAGAAUACACAAGAACGUUACAAGAAAAAGAUGAUGUUAAAAAUCUUCUUUCUCUUGCUAAACAAAUUGGAGAAGUUCUUGGUAGAUUACAUUCUAAUAACAUCAUACAUGGUGAUUUGACAACAUCUAAUAUGUUAAUAAAAGGAUAUGGAGAAAAUAGUCGUAUUAUAUUAAUUGAUUUUGGUCUGAGUUAUUUCGAUAGUGUGGCUGAAGAUAAGGGUGUGGAUUUGUAUGUUUUAGAGAGAGCUUUCCUUAGUACACAUCCCAACACAGAGGCUUUGUUUCAGGUUAUUCUUGAUACAUAUAAAGACAAUAACAAAACAGGUGCUGAAGAUGUGAUGAAAAAACUUGAAGAGAUUAGAAUGCGGGGAAGGAAGAGAACAAUGGUUGGAUAAUGAAAAGGGUGACCAUGCAUUAAACAUUUUUUUUUACAUUAAGGUAUUAAAUAUAUUUAUUAAUGCAAUCCUAUAUUUUGUUCAGCAAAUAAAUUAGUAUAUCAAACAAAAACCUGCUUUCAUAGCAAUUUUAUUGUUCCCCAACAACUAAAAUAAAGUGGGUAUGUCUGUCUCAUUGGAAAACAAUAACUCUGCUUCUAAUUGAGCUAGAAUGUUCAAAUGUUUGUUAUAAAUGUGUGAAUGUCUUGACUGAGAUUGACAAUGAGCAUUUUCUGCUUUGCUAAACAGAAAUAAGCAGUUUGACUUGCAGAGACUUAAGAAUACAAUAAUUCUGCUUCUAUUCGAUAAGUCUGGUUCUACUUGAGGGGGCAUGAGGGAAACUUGGUAUAUAUACAUAAAAAACACAACACAGUUUCAUAGUAUUUGAUAAACAAUUUGAUUGCUAGAUGCUUUAUAAAAAGAUAAAUUUGCAAGUAAUUGAUGUGUCAUCUAUUUAUUUAGGGACUGAUUCGGGGGACAUCUUGUUAUGAACACUGGCUUUAUGUCAAAUAAAUAUUUAAUUGAUUUAUAUUUAGCAAUUGAAAUGCAAUGCAAGUCAUUAAUAGGCCUGCAACAAGUGACUUGUCUAGAUCAUCUAUGAAAAUCAUGGAGUCUCGCCCUGUAUUGUUAUUAAAUAAACUGUCAGGCCUCCAGCCAAAGCCACGCAACACUUGUUCAAUGCUUAUUAUAUAGUUUUAUCAGGUUAUGAAUGGCAGGAAAACUGUAAAGUCUGUACUUGAUAUAUUUCAACAAAUCAAAAUACUAAGAUUAAUUAAUCAAUUAGUAUCAAGCUAGAAAAAUUAAGCAAAGAUAUGUAUGGUUAGUAGAUACUAGAUGGUAUAUAUUUAUCUUGGAUAGAUUUUAAAGAGUUCAUUAUUUAUGCAAUUAUUGAAUAUACAUAUUUCAUAUCUAAGCCAAGCCUCAUAAAACAACACUGUUAGCAUACUAAUAUUUAUUUAUAAUAAUGAAGUACACGUACAGCUAUUAAUUAUUUAAAGGAAAUAUAGUUAUAAAUAGUCCAACAUUUGGGUAUUAAUCUUUCCUUCUAUGAUUUUCUUUGCAAUAUCUACAACUCCAGCAGCCAAUGGUUCUUUGACAUGCCACCAUAAUUGUGUACAUGUACAUUGGCAGAUCUCAAAUUUUUGUCCUGUCUGAAGAACUAUUCACUUUCCUUAUCUGGUCUACUGGAUCAACUCCUUAAAGGUGGGAACUGGUCUUGC